CUCCUGUCAUUCCGCCGCGGCCUCUCCGGCUUCAUCCAGCCUGUGCCGCCCUCAACGUCUCCUCCUUGCGGGAUCGCCCCCGCCGCCGCCACCGCCCAGGCCUCCGGACCGGGAGGGCCCCCGACUCGGCUGUGACUCGCGCCCGGACCGCUGCGUCCUCCCGCCUCCUUUGGAUCGGUAGAAGAACAUUCAAGAUCAUAAGUUUAGAUGACCAAGAUGGAUAUCCGGGGCGCUGUGGAUGCUGCUGUUCCCACCAACAUCAUUGCCGCCAAGGCUGCAGAAGUCCGUGCGAACAAAGUGAACUGGCAGUCCUACCUGCAGGGGCAGAUGAUUUCUUCUGAAGACUGCGAGUUCAUCCAAAGAUUUGAGAUGAAAAGAAGUCCUGAGGAGAAGCAGGAGAUGCUUCAGACUGAAGGCAGUCAGUGUGCUAAGACAUUUAUAAAUCUGAUGACUCAUAUUUCCAAAGAGCAGACAGUUCAGUACAUACUCACCCUGGUGGAUGAUACGCUGCAGGAAAAUCACCAACGUGUUAGCAUUUUCUUUGACUAUGCUAAACGUAGCAAGAACACUGCCUGGUCCUACUUCCUGCCUAUGCUGAAUCGCCAGGAUCUCUUUACUGUUCAUAUGGCAGCAAGAAUUAUUGCCAAGUUAGCAGCUUGGGGAAAAGAACUGAUGGAAGGCAGCGACUUGAAUUACUAUUUCAACUGGAUAAAGACUCAACUGAGUUCACAGAAACUGCGUGGUAGCAGUGUCGCUGCUGAAACAGGAACAGUCUCUUCAAGCGAUAGUUCCCAGUAUGUGCAGUGUGUGGCCGGGUGUCUGCAGCUGAUGCUCCGAGUCAAUGAGUACCGCUUCGCCUGGGUGGAGGCAGAUGGGGUGAACUGCAUCAUGGGCGUCCUGAGUAACAAGUGUGGCUUUCAGCUCCAGUAUCAGAUGAUCUUUUCCGUAUGGCUCCUGGCUUUCAGCCCGCAGAUGUGUGAACACCUGAGGCGCUACAACAUCAUCCCUGUCCUGUCUGACAUCCUGCAGGAGUCGGUCAAAGAGAAGGUGACGAGGAUCAUUCUGGCAGCAUUCCGUAACUUCUUAGAGAAGUCAACUGAACGAGAAACUCACCAAGAGUAUGCACUGGCAAUGAUUCAAUGCAAAGUCCUGAAACAGCUGGAGAACUUGGAGCAGCAGAAGUACGACGACGAAGACAUCAGUGAGGAUAUAAAGUUCCUCUUGGAGAAACUCGGUGAGAGUGUCCAGGACCUCAGCUCAUUUGAUGAAUACAGUUCAGAACUUAAGUCUGGAAGGCUGGAGUGGAGUCCUGUGCACAAAUCUGAGAAAUUUUGGAGAGAGAAUGCUGCAAGGUUAAAUGAAAAGAAUUAUGAGCUCUUGAAAAUUUUGACCAAACUUCUAGAGGUGUCCGACGAUCCCCAAGUCUUAGCUGUUGCCGCCCAUGACGUUGGGGAGUAUGUGCGCCAUUACCCUCGAGGCAAGCGGGUCAUCGAACAGCUGGGUGGGAAGCAGCUGGUGAUGAACCACAUGCACCACGAGGACCAGCAGGUGCGCUACAAUGCCCUCCUGGCCGUACAGAAGCUCAUGGUGCACAACUGGGAAUAUCUUGGUAAACAACUCCAGUCUGAGCAGCCGCAGACUGCAGCCGCCCGGAGCUGAACGGGCUCUCAGGGCUUCCCUUGGAUCUCCAGCGGUCCCCUCACCUGGGGUAGAAGACCUGGAGUGGGGUCUCAGUAACUGUGGUGAAGAACAAACCAUUCCUCAUUUUAUGUGUCAUUUUCUUCCGUUGUGUAGCUUUUCCCAGUGCUGAUUUCCCAUUAAGUUGUCUUAAAGUAGGUGCUUUCUGUAUCUAAGGAAAAUAUUGCUGUUACAUAUACUGCUCGUAAUCUGUGUAUUUAUUGUUCUCUGGAAUGAAUAUAGGAUUAUUAAAGCAUUCUCACUCCAAAUGCAUCUUUUCUCUUUCCUUGUUCCUGACUUGAGCUGUAACAAAAAUACCUUUUGUCCCACCCAAAUUGGGAGAACUGUAUUUGCAGAGUGGUGAAUGGUAAAUAAAUGUUUUGAAUUCAUA